AUGUAUGGCUUUGAAGCCUCUCAAGAGGACGCCUUCGAUCCAAAGAAGGAAGCCAUCGCUGGCAUGAUGCUAGAGCCUAUGCCUGUAGAUAGGGUUACCAGCUUCAGCGGGAGACUACAUGGGUUUGCCCACAGAGGCGAUGCCGCUAAACCGGAAUCCUCUCUACGCGACGUGAAAGACGAACUGCCUUUAAACAAACCCGCCAACGAAACCACCGGCGAUGCACCUAAUGCGCCCGGCCCCAUCAGGAGUCCCAGGCGAGGAACGAGGACGACCACUACCACCACCACCACAUUUUCGCAGACCGCAUCAUCGACGACCCGCAACCGUAUACCCUCACGAAUAGCACGCAGCCGAGGAACCCCGAGUUCCUUGGAAGGCUCCAAACUCACCGACACGAUACCCACCAACCUGACUCUCCUUCUAGUUGGUGUGAAUCCGGGGAUCAUGACCGGGCUCACGGGGUAUUCAUACGCGCACCCAACCAACCAAUUCUGGAAACUGCUCUACUCAUCCGGGAUUACAACGAAACUUCACCCUCCAUCGGAUACCUACAAACUGCCACAACUAUACAACAUCGGCAACACAAAUGUCGUGGAACGGCCCACCCGCGACGCAAGCAUGCUUAGCAGGCAGGAGAUGCUCGACGGAGUCCCCAUCCUAGAGGCUAAGAUAAGAGACAAACGGCCGCAGGCCGUGUGUCUGGUCGGAAAGGGGAUAUGGGAAUACGUGUUCCAAGUAAAGUUCGGACGACGGAUUCGGAAAGAAGAGUUCAAAUAUGGUUGGCAAGACCCCUGGAUGAUGGGCGACGAUUCAAGCUGGGGCGGGGCGCGGAUCUUUGUCGCGACGACGACGAGUGGAGUGUGCACGGUUUUAACGCGUGCGCAGAAGGAGGUGAUCUGGGAUGAGCUGGGGGAGUGGGUGAUAGAGAAGAGGAACACUCAGGCAUUCCCCUCUUGA